AUGAAAAUCCACGGUCGCAUACCUGUGUGUGGAAUGAUUUCACAGUAUAAUCUUACGCAACAUGAAGGUGUCACAAAUUUGGCGCAUCUCAUAUAUAAAUGGAUCCGUAUGCAAGGUUUUGUAGUAGUUGAUUACUAUCACCUAUAUGCAAAAUUCUUGGAGUUUGUCUUGCCUCAUAUCAGAGAAGGGAAGGUUGUGUAUGUGGAAGACAUAGCUGAGGGACUUGAUAAAGGCCCUGCAGCAUUGGUCGGCAUCUUUAAGGGUCAGAAUGUUGGCAAACAAGUGCUUGUUAUUGCUCGUGAAUGA